CUUGUCAAGGGGAAGGCCUCCGGACCUGGGCUAUUUUAAGCACAGAUGUUUCCAUUCAUAAGCCUAGGAAGUCCAAGGAGGGAGAAGCUAUCCUGGGCCCCUAGCAAGCUUUCCCACUCCCUGCAUGUGACUUUCAUCUCCCCCAGAAGAGGGGGAUGGUGUAGGGCAAGUCUGCAGAGCUGGGAGACAUCAUUCUGGCCCCCUCUGCACCCCUCCCUUCCUCCCUUCCUCCCUUUCUCUGUCCAUUGGGAGGCAGAAGACAGGAAAUGACUGCCAUGGAUGUGGUAUGAUUUUUACCAAAACAGCAUUUUGCGGCUCAGGCCCGUGCUGUUCGCAGCUGUUUUCCUCUAAUAUCAGCCAGGUGGCUGCCUUCUAUGUUCCCCUCCCCAUCCCGUCGUAUGACUUCAGCCUUCGGAUUCUAAGCUCCUGGCUGCUUUCCGCAUUCCACUCCCCUUCCAGAACCCAGGCAUCCUGGGCUCCAGCUGAAACCAUUGCAUGUGGCUUUCCCCAUCCCUGGCCCCGUGACUCAGUCCCUGUGAAGGGAGCAGCCCUCUUUUUUGGCAAUCACCAGGGAGGUGGGGGGAGGAGGAGGGGAGCUAGGUGGUGACAUCACAGUCGAAGGUUAUAAAAGCUUCCAGCCAAACGGCAUUGAAGUUGAAGAUACAACCUGACAGCACAGCCUGAGAUCUUGGGGAUCCCUCAGCCUAACACCCACAGACGUCAGCUGGUGGAUUCCCGCUGCAUCAAGGCCUACCCACUGGUGCAUUUUCCUGUCUCCAGAGAUUGUGUCCAGGCAGAGGGCAUGGCAGGCUUUUGGGCUGAACAGGCUUUAUCUAUCCACCCCUUCCCUUCCAGUCUCCAUGCUGGGCUCUCCCUGCCUUCUGUGGCUCCUGGCCGUGACCUUCUUGGUUCCCAGAGCUCAGCCCUUGGCCCCUCAAGACUUUGAAGAAGGGGAGGAAGAUGAGACUGAGACGGCGUGGCCGCCUUUGCCGGCUGUCCCCUGCGACUACGACCACUGCCGACACCUGCAGGUGCCCUGCAAGGAGCUACAGAGGGUCGGGCCGGCGGCCUGCCUGUGCCCAGGACUCUCCAGCCCUGCCCAGCCGCCCGACCCGCCGCGCAUGGGAGAAGUGCGCAUUGCGGCCGAAGAGGGCCGCGCAGUGGUCCACUGGUGUGCCCCCUUCUCCCCGGUCCUCCACUACUGGCUGCUGCUUUGGGACGGCAGCGAGGCUGCGCAGAAGGGGCCCCCGCUGAACGCUACGGUCCGCAGAGCCGAACUGAAGGGGCUGAAGCCAGGGGGCGUUUAUGUCGUUUGCGUAGUGGCCGCUAACGAGGCCGGGGCAAGCCGCGUGCCCCAGGCUGGAGGAGAGGGCCUCGAGGGGGCCGACAUCCCUGCCUUCGGGCCUUGCAGCCGCCUUGCGGUGCCGCCCAACCCCCGCACUCUGGUCCACGCGGCCGUCGGGGUGGGCACGGCCCUGGCCCUGCUGAGCUGUGCCGCCCUGGUGUGGCACUUCUGCCUGCGCGAUCGCUGGGGCUGCUCGCGCCGAGCCGCCGCCUGAGCUGCAGGGGCGCUCUGAAAGGGGCCUGGGGGCAUCUCGGGCACAGACAGCCCCACCUGGGGCGCUCAGCCUGGCCCCCGGGAAAGAGGAAAACCCGCUGCCUCCAGGGAGGGCUGGACGGCCAGCUGGGAGCCAGCCCCAGGCUCCAGGGCCACGGCGGAGUCAUGGUUCUCAGGGCUGAGCGCUUGUUUAGGUCCGGUACUUGGCGCUUUGUUUCCUGGCUGAGGUCUGGGAAGGAAUAGAAAGGGGCCCCCAAUUUUUUUUAAGCGGCCAGAUAAUAAAUAAUGUAACCUUUGCGGUUUAAGAGGAUAAAAUGGAGGAUAUUAUUAUGUGGGUACUUAUAUGACCUUUGUAACCAUUUAAAAAUGUAAAAACGACCUGACAUAGUAAUGCGAACCUAUAGUAGCAGCUACUCCAGAGGCUGAAAUGGGAGGAUCUCUUGAGCCCAGGAGUUGGAGUCCACUCCAGCCAGGGCAACAUAGCCAGACGCCCUUUUUUUUUUAUUUUGUUUUGUUUUGGUUUUUUGUUUUUUGAGAAGGAGUUUCCCUUUGUCACACAAGCUGGAGGGCAAUGGCGCCAUCUCAGCUCACUGCAACGUCCACCUCCUGGGUUCAAGCGAUUCUCCUGCCUCAGCAUCCUAAUUAGUUGGGAUUACAGGCGCCCACCACCAUGCCCGGCUAAUUUUUGUGUUUUUUUAGUAGAGACGGGGUUUCACCAUGUUGUCAGGCUGGUCUCAAACUCCUGACCUCAGGUACUCCACCCGCCUUGGUCUCUCAAAGUUCUGGGAUUACAGGCAUAAGCCACUGUGCCCAGGCAGACCCCCUUCUUUAAAGAUGUAAAAACCGGCCGGGCGCGGUGGCUCACGCCUGUAAUCCCAGCACUUUGGGAGGCUGAGGCGGGCAGAUCACGAAGUCAGGAGGUCGAGACCAUCCUGGCUAACACGGUGAAACCCCGUCUCUACUAAAAAUACAAAAAUUAGCCGGGCAUGGUGGUGGGUACCUGUAGUCCCAGCUACUCGGGAGGCUGAGGCAGGAGAAUGGCGUGAACCCGGAAGGCGGAGCUUGCAGGGAGCGGAGAUUGCACCACUGCACUCCAGCCUGGGCGACAGAGCAAGACUCCCUCUCAAAAGAAAAAGAAAAAAGAUGUAAAAUCCAUUCUUAGUUUGUGGGCCUUACAAAUCAGGCCACUGGCCCAUUGCUUGUAGUUAGUUGAUCCAUGUCAUGCACCCUCAAAAUGGCUCUGUCACUGUGAGUGGCUUCAGUGGGAUUUUGAGAAUAAGUUUAUAUUCUUGCUAGGUAAAACAAAACAAAAACGACAGUAAUACCAAGGAAUCUCCCCCCCCCUUUUACCCUCCAUUUGUAUUUAUUGCAUAUCCACUAUAACAACAUUAAAGGACCUUUAAAAGGAA